CCCCACCCCCCUCCCUCUCCCCCGAUUGCCUCGCCAUUUCGCCUCUCGUCUUCGCAUCGCGCGCCCCGCCGCCGCCGCCUCCUCCUCCUCCCCCCCACGCCCGUCCAGCGCGGCGCGGCCGCGCCGGGCCCGGGCUUGCUCCGUGCGGCGAGAGGCGAGAUCUCGGCCGGGGUUUACCGCGCGUGCCGUCGUAGAGUUGGAGGAGGCGGCGGGGGUGGUUGGUGGGCGGGGCCUGGUGGCGGCCUAGCGGUUCGGGCUCGCCGGAGUCGCAGCAGCAGGAGGAGGACUGGUCGUCGUCUAGCGGGUGGCGGCGGGGAUGUACGUGCCGCAGUCGUCCCGCGGCGGGGGCGGCUCCGCCGGGGAGCAGCCUAGGGUUUACCAAGUCUGGCGGGGAAGCAACGAGUUUCUCUUGCAAGGGCGGUUCAUAUUUGGACCUGAUGUGAGAUCCUUGUUUCUCACUAUAUUCCUCAUCCUUGCACCAGUGUUGGUCUUCUGUAUAUUUGUUGCCAGACAUCUGAUGAAUGAUUUUCCUGAUCACUGGGGGAUUUCAGUUAUGGUUGUAGCGGUUGUCUUCACAGUAUAUGAUUUGACGCUGCUGCUUCUUACCUCUGGUAGAGAUCCUGGUAUAGUACCUCGUAACACGCACCCCCCUGAACCUGAAUCCCUUGAUGGGAACAAUGAUACUGGAAAUGGUCAGACUCCACAACAAUUGCGCUUACCACGGACAAAGGAUGUUUAUGUAAAUGGAGUUGUUGUAAAGGUCAAGUACUGCGACACCUGCAUGCUGUAUCGGCCACCUCGUUGCUCUCACUGUUCUAUCUGUAACAACUGUGUGGAGCGUUUUGAUCAUCACUGUCCUUGGGUUGGUCAAUGCAUAGGACUGCGUAAUUAUCGCUUCUUUUAUAUGUUUGUCUUCUCGACCACAUUACUCUGCCUCUACGUAUUUGGGUUCUGCUGGGUGUACAUAAUUAAGAUCAGAGAUGCAGAAGGUUCAUCGAUUUGGAAGGCAAUGUUGAAGACACCCGCCUCAAUGGUUCUGAUCAUCUACUGUUUUAUUUGUGUGUGGUUUGUUGGUGGUCUUUCUGUCUUCCAUUUCUACCUGAUGAGCACCAACCAGACUACAUAUGAGAACUUCAGGUAUCGGUACGACCGGCGGGCUAACCCAUAUAACGUAGGUGUGGUGAACAACUUUCUGGAGAUCUUCUGCACUGCUGUCCCCGCUUCCAAGAACAAUUUCCGAGCUAGGGUCCCAGUAGAGCAAGGUUUACAGCAAUCACGCCCACCAACCAGGGGUUUCAUGAGCCCAAACAUGGGCAAACCUGUUGGAGACCUUGAAUUGGGCAGGAAGCCAGUAUCAUGGGACGAACCUCGGUCAGGAGCUGAUAUAAGAGAUUUAGAAGUUGGGGGCAUGCUGGAUGAGAAAGAGGGCAGAAUAACCCAUGCGUCACCGGAUCUGAGCAGAGAAGCCCUUCCAGUUGAGCUCAUGGAAGGCAGGGCUGGUAUGCAUUCGAGACGAUCAAGCUGGGGUCACAGAAGUGGGACCUCAGAGUCGAUGGACAGCAUCGCCGUGCAGAUGGGAGGUGGAGAAACUAACUGGGGCUCGGUCAGCAGUGGCCACGGCACAACCAGUGGAACUCACUAGCAAACCGCGCGCCGCUUUCUGACGCCGCACCGGGUCUAAUCUCAACAAGGAACAACCCUGUCUGAUCUCCAAAAUGAAGAACCGGCCUUUCUGAGUAUCCUGUGAGCUUGUGCCUUUCACCUAGGGUAUACAAUAUGCCAAUGCUUUCUUACCUGUGUCCGUUUCAUCUUGGAAGGGCGUCAGUCCUUUUGAUGUGCUUCUCGUUUGGUGUUUUAAGUAAGCAAAGAAAAUAACAGAAGAGAUUUAACUCCUGCUGCGUGGCUUGGAUUGUCUUAUCUGUGUGUAUAUAUUUAUCAUUGGAACAGUGUGUAAGAAAGUGUGCUCUGUAUGAUUUGCUGCUUGUAAUAUUCGUAGCUUUGAAAUCAUGUUUUAUAAAUGUACUGUAGUUAUCAUCA